UUCCGAAACUGUCUCGUAUACUUUGACGUAUUGUUUCAAUUUGAGGGUCAAUGUAAACAAAACUAGAAAAACUAAAUAGUUUUGAACUAAGUAACUUUAACAAAAAUGACUCUUUCGUUGCCUACACUUCAGCCACACGUGGUUCUUGGUCUAGAAACCAGCAUUAAAAACAACGUCCACUUCCUGUCUGACGAUGAAGUAGUUUACCCUGUAGGGUCGGUAGUGACCCUUCACAAUAUUCACUUGAAAAAGCAGAAAUUCAUCAAAUUGAGUGAAAAGGGGAAAAAACUCACUCACUUAGCAGUAAGUCCCGAUAAAAAACUGAUUGCUGUUGUAGAGACAACCGAGAAAUAUCCCAUAGCUACGCUAUGGUGUCCCGACACUUUCAGGAAAAAAAGAACACUGACCCUUCCAAUGGACAAGGACAUCAUAGCAAACAGAUACGUAGCUGUGGACUUUACCUACAAUUCCAAAAACUUGAUUUGUGUAACGGGGGAGCCCGAUUGGAGCUUGUACUCGUUUAAGUGCGACAAGGGUAGACUCGAAAGUUUUGCCAGAGCCAAUAAUGCUAAUAAUACAGGAACAGUCAGACAAAUUGCUUGUAAUCCGGGUGAUGGCAAUCAACUAGUGGUUGUUGGAGACUCGGUCUUGCGGUGUCUGGGCUGUACUGACUUCACCUGGAGACAGUUCGGUUACAGCAAGUUCGAUCAAGUCGUGUACACGAGUUGUUGCUGGCUCAGUCAGGACAGGAUCAUAGUUGGAAGCAGCAGAGGCAAAAUACUGAUUCUGGAAACUGGUGAGAUCAGGGCAAUUUUUCAUGCAGCCGACAUGCCCAUCAUCAAUAUGAAAAUCAAAGAAGAGCUUGAUCCUUCUUCCGAAACCACAAUGAAGACCAACUCCUCUGAUAGUAUGCGAUACAACGAUGACGAAGAAGAAAACUACGAAAUCAGAUCAAUAGUGAAUUUUCCCAGAGGCUUUGCAUUUGGAUUUAUGAACGGAAAGAUUCACUUGUACGAAAGGGAGUCUCCGCACAAGUUUCGAAAAAGAUGCGUUUUCAAAAUUCCGGAUAAAACUGUUUAUAGGGAAUACGAUACCGGGCCGAGAGAAGUUAAAAAUACUGUGUGUUCCAUAAAAGUUAACGAGGCACAGGAUCGACUUAUUGCAACUUGCAAUGAGGCGCAAAUCUACCAAGUACGACUGUGGUUGCAACAAGACAGUUCCACAACUUCCGAAAUAUUGAUGGAGGAGUACGGACACCCUUUACACUUGGGAGCGAUAGGAGGAAUGUCCAUAUGCAGAUGGAAACCGCUCUGUAUCACUGCAGGUGUAAAAGAUCGAUCGCUCAAGAUAUGGAACUACGAAACAGACGAUCUAGAGUUAGUACAAAACUUCGAGGACGAUAUUUAUUCGGUGGCCCUGCAUCCGACAGGACUGUACUGCGUGGUGGGGUUCUCGGACAAGCUGCGCUACAUGACGAUCAUGAUCGACGACGUGAUCACGUCGAAGGAGUUCGGCAUCAGGAACUGCAAACUGUCGGAGUUUAGCAGUUUGGGCCACCUGUUCGCAGCGACCAAUGGAAACGUCAUUCAGGUUUAUUCCAGUAUCACGUUCAAUAUUAUGUACAUGCUGAAAGGACACAACGGCAGGAUUACAGCAAUUUCUUGGAGCCUGGACGACCGUUACAUGACGUCCUGCGGUACCGAGGGCGCAGUCUACCUUUGGGACGUCAUAGAAUCUACCAGGCUGUCCGAAAAUUUCAUCAAAUCGAACCCCUUCACCGGAGUGAUCAUUACCCAGUCGGGAAAAGAGGUGUACGCUGUCGGGAACGAUGGACAUAUCAGGGAACUGGUCAAUUCCAACAUAAACAGAGAUGUGGUACUGGUCCCUCCGGGAAGCGGACUGAACGCUUUGGUACUGUCCCAGCUGGACAACAUGCUCUUCGUCAGUGGAAAUGGAGGAUCCGUUUUUAGCGUCAGAAUACCUCUUCUGGAAAAGGCAGAAUACCUGGAAUUUGCCAUGCACAAAUCUGCAAUAUCUGUGAUGUGCAUGACCUACGAUGAUCGUUUCGUCAUCAGCGGGGCCACGGAUGGCAGUUUGUGCUUCUGGAAGGUGCAGAACGCGGAAGACAAGGCCGUCAAACUGGACAAGGAAAUAUCCACGUCGCAGGAAAUCCUGAUAUCCAGGGAGAUCCUGGAAGACAAGAUGGGGCAAAUCAAAAAUUUGCAACUCAGAUUGAAAGAAUUGGAGACCGAACACUCGUAUCAGAUGAGACAGAAUGACGCACUGCAUUCUCUCAAGAUGAGAGAUAUUCAUUCUGAGUAUUGUCAUGCCAUCGAAGAAUUGAAGAUUAAAAACGAGCAAAUGGAGGGUGAUCAUAUCCAGGAAAUCAACAACAUCAACAGCCAAAUAAUGAAGAUGAAAUCUGAUCACGAGUUGUUCGUACAAAAACUUGAAGCCAGCUACAACGAAAAACUUAUUCUAGAGUACAAGAAGUUUAUGAGAUAUGAAGAAAAAAUGAACGGCAUGCUUAAAGAAGAAGAACAGCGAUACGACGCACUGAAGAAACAAAAAUCAGAAUCGGAAGAUCAGAUUAACACCGAGUAUCUGGAAGUUAUCAAACAAAAAGAAGAUAUGAUCGAAGAAUUAAAAGAAAAAGUUGCCAAAUUGAUCAAAGAACAUGAACUGAUAAAGCAGCAAAUUGAGGAUGACUGUGACAGGGAAAUCUACGAAUUGAAGACUUCCCAUGAGAACGAAAUCAAGGAAGAACAAGAUCUGAAUGUUAGACUCAGAGGAGAGGCUGCAGGACUCAAGAAAAAACUUUUAGCUACACAAAAGGAAUCGGACGACUUUAAGCACCAAAUCUACGUGCUGGAGAACGAUCACGUCAAAUUCAAAAAUAUCAUAAGUUCCCUGAAGCAAAACAUUCUCGAUAUCAAGAAAGAGAUCAGCGAAAGAGACAAUACGAUCGAAGAAAAAGAAAAACGAAUUUUCACGUUGAAAGGCAAGAAUCAGGAAUUGGAGAAGUUCAAAUUCAUACUGGAUUUUAAGAUAAAAGAAUUGAAAUCUCAAAUUGAACCGAGAGAAAGAACCAUUCAGGAACAAUCGACCCAGAUUACCGAAAUGGUUCGCGAAUUGGAGAACUUGCAAAAGGUGAUCUUGAAUUUGGACACCCAGUUGUCCGAGGGCAGAGCCAAGCUGGCAGCUUCAGCUAACGAGGUCAGGAAAGAAGUGGAGAGGAACAGGGUGAUGAAAAAAGCGUUGCAGGCCAUCAGGAUGGACAUCCACCAUGCCAGUGGAUUUAUACAGAACGUUCCAGCGUUGCAAAAAGUAGUAAAGGAAAUGUACCACAAGUACAACGCGGACAAGGACUUCGAAGUGAGCCAGGCCGAGGACACGGAGGCCAAGAGCGAAUUCCUCAGGCAGAGGGACUUUUUGGAGAGAACGGUUGCAACGUUGCACGCUCAAGCAACCAAGAAUACAAGUACACUGAGUUACGACAAAAUACGUUUGGUGGACGAAAACGCUACCUUACUGGUCGAAACCAAUCAAUUAAGGAAAAAUUUGCAAGUUGAAACAAAUCAAAACAAGAAAUUAAACUCUAUCAUAGGCAUGUCGUACAUCUCGCCUAAAAUGGCACAAAAGAAAGUCAAUUUGGCCAUAUCAACUAAGGAAGAUAUCCAUAACAAAUACAAGGAAAUAAUCAAUCAAAAUAAGAAAGGUAUUGAAGCCCUAACCGAGGAAAACGAGAGAUUAACAAACAAAAUAGCAGCAGCCAUGGAGAAUGAGUGUUUAUCAAGUCCAAAAAUAGAACCCCCAGUUGACGAAUCAGAACACUUCUGAAAUUGUACAAAGUUAUUUUUUACAUAUUUUAUUGUUUAGUUUAUAUUUAAAUGUCAAAUAAAUAAUAAAACUCUA